UAAUGGAACCUACAAGUUUACAGGGAAGGCGGUUGCCUUAUAAUUAGUUGCCUCACUCGCGCCAGACGUACACGUUCCUUCUAGGCUCAUGCGUUCUUUUUAUUUUUUAUUUUUUACCUAACCCCGGCAUCUAACCACCCUCGGACCUAACGUCAACUUAUAAGUAUCUUACAAACUUCGAAGUGUCCAAAGCAUCCAAGUUACCGUCCCGACAAUAAUGAAUACUUAGGUGCGUAGCCACCCACGAACAAUUUUCUUCAACGCAAAGCUACCUCCUAGACCUAACACAUCGUGUAUUGUUUUCAUGAGAGUGGUGCAUCAGGAUACCUACCUAACCUAACCUAUAUAAAAUACUCAGACUUGCUACAGGCUGUCGCUUUAUUUGCGGUGAACGAAACGCCUGUCUUUUAAGAUUAUUCAAGUUCCUGGAUCAAAUUUAUAGAACGCUUUCACCAGGGCUACGGAGAAUAUGGCAGGGGAUUAUCUGACCAAGACGGAUAAAGAGGCCCGCAGACAGCUGGCUCUCGACUAUACAUACGGUUUCGACUUUCGCAGUAAAGCUGAUGAACAGUACAUCAGACACGCAAUAAUACAUGGUCAUGUACCUAAAAAUGAUCUAAAAUACUUCACCCACUUCAGUUUAACGCGUCGCGCUGAAGAAUGGCAUCAGCUGCUCGCAUGCGCAAACUCUUUGAGAGAAAAGAUUACUUUCGAUGAUCCGCUCGAGGGACAAGACCUUCUUACCUUCGUCACUAAGGUCCUCUCUUCGAACUCUAAGUCUCGGAAAGAUGUUACGGCUGGACAGACGUCAAGCCUUGGUUUGGAACAUGAACAUAAAGAUGCUGCACGAGGCCCCCAGUCAAACACAACACCACGACAGGCAAUGAAGAGGAAGAGAGCAAUAUCCACCGAACAGACGGAUCUAGACCAACCUGCAAAGAAGCAUAGAAUGAACAAGAAAUCGCCAUUCUGGUCUACUUCUGAACCGAAUCCUCCCCAUGGACAAGCUAACCAGUUGGUUGGUGAUACGAAAGCGUUGAAUGGAAAGAAAAGCAAGAGCAAGAAGAAGACUAAGAAGAGAAUGAGGGAAAGAAAGGCUAGAGAGUCAUUACAUGAGGCUACUACUACUUCUUCUCCUUUAGUAGGGGGCGUAGUACUCCCGAAAAACUCCAAAGUUUGCCGGGGCCUAAACAACAUCUCUGCAUCAUCGAAAUUCCACAACCGGGAGUGUAUGAGUGGCCACGAUGGUGUCUUGCAUAAAAUUAUUCCAUUGCGCAUCUCUCAUAGGAAUACUGAAGCAAAAGAAUCAUUUGCGAGCCAGCAAACACCAUCAGACACCCCCGGAAAUGUUAAAGGGGCCCCGAGAACAGCCAUGAUGAGUUUAGGCAAAUCAGACGACACUGGGGAAGCAUCCGAAAGGGGUGAUAAUGACACUUAUCCUCUGCCACUAGCAAAAUGCCUGACCGCAAACCGCAAAACGAAGUCGCCUUUCUUUGACGUAUCAACCCCGUCCGGCUCACUUAAGACAAAAGGUACCCGUGCUCCCCGUGGAAUAGUUCCUUGCAUACCUUUUCCUCGUUUAGACGCCCCCAAUUUCGGCUUGAUCCAAGAGAGUCUUGCCACCGAUCCUUUUCUCUUGCUCGUUGCAGUAACCUUUUUAAUACGAGUAAAGGGGAAACAGUCGAUACCUGUAUUUCACGAGCUAGUAGGAAAGUAUCCGACGCCAAGGCACUUAGCAGAAGCAGAUAAAAACGACAUAAUAGCAACCAUUAGACACCUCGGCCUUUCUACAGUGCGAGCAACUGCAAUCCAGAAGUAUGCGCGGAUAUGGAUAGAGAACCCACCUCGAGCUGACAUUCGGUACGGCGUGAAGAACUAUCCUCAGCUCGGCGACGGGGCUGAUGUCCGGGCCGCAGAAGAAUUGAGUACCGACGACCCUAGAUCAUCGGCGUGGGAGAUAGGUCACAUGACUCAGGGUCGUUAUGCUAUAGACAGCUGGAGAAUAUUCUGUAGGGAUGUGCUUCUCAAUCGUGCAGAAGAUUGGAGAGGUAAGGGGCGCGAAGGGAAAUUCCAACCCGAGUGGAUGCGAGUGUUGCCGGAAGAUAAGGAGCUCCGUGCUUGUCUUAGGUGGUUAUGGAUGCAGGAUGGUUACGCGUGGGACCCGAAAACAGGCGAGAAGGAUAUCCUCUCCGAAGAUCUACGUAGAGCGGUUAAUGAGGGCAGGGUUGCAUAUGAUGAGGCUGGCGAGCUGAAGAUACUAGAUUAG